AUGGAAGCAUCACGAGUUACAGUAUCCCGAAAUUUGAAGUUUGCUAUCUCCCAUGCAUUUGAAGCAUCAAUACUCAUCAAAGACGCAUGGCUACUCUUAGAAGAUGCGGAUAUAGGCCAAGACUUAAUAGCAUAUGGUUUUGAAAUGACAAAAAUAGCUACCAAGUUAUUUGAAAUUAACAAAUCAAUAGUCGAUCCUGCCCGUUUCACUGGAGAGCGGGUACAAACUUGUUCACCAGUAGCAACAAUAAGUGGCACUGCGGCAGUACAAACAUUACCAGAAGCACCACCGAAUUGUAAUAAUUCGCGACAAGACCAAAUUAUGGCUAAUAUGGAAGUACAAAAUGCACCAGACGAUCAUGUUGGUAAUCAAGAACAAAAUGAGACAAGGAGCAAUAUAGAAAUAAAAACUUUACUAGAAGCACAGCUGCAUUCCCGUAAUCAAGAACAAAAUCAAACAACAGACAAUUUGAAGGUACAGAAAUUAGAAGACUCGCAGCCGCCACUUGUUAACCAAGAACAAAAGCAAAUAAAAAAUGUAGAGGCAAAAAACUUAACGAACGCGGAGCCACACGCUGGUAUUCAACAAGAAAGCCAAGUCAAGGCCGUUCAUGGAGGACAAAAUUUGCAAAGCGGGCAGCCGGUCCUUGGUAAUACACAAGAAAAACAAAUAAAACACAAUUUGGGAGGACAACAUUUAGAAGACUUGGAGCCGGUAUUAGUUAACCAAGAACAAAAGCAAAUAAAAUAUGUAGCGCCAGAAAACUUAACAAAGCCGGAUCCACACGCUGGUAUUCACCAAGCAAAGGCCGUUCAGAGAGUACAAAGCGCACAGCCGGUCAUUGGUAACGCACAACAAAAGCAAAUAACAACCAAUUUGGGAGGCCAAAGUUUGCUACGGGGACAACCGCAGUUUGACACCCACCAUCACAGCGCGCAACAAAUAACACCUAAUCUGUGGGGACAAAAUUUACUAAACGGACAGUUUGACAUCCAACAACAAAUAAGAGCGAAUCGGGCAAAACCAAACCCACAAAGCGGACUGUUCUCCUUUGCUAAUGCACGUUAAAUGACACCCAUUCUGAGAGGACAAAGCAGUGCUUGGGUAACGCAUUUCAAAAACAAAUAACAUCCAAGCUGAGAGGGCACACUACUGAAUGGAUAGCUACCGACAACAAAAUUAAAUAAGGACCAACUUAGGAGCACCUUGCUGUCACAACCCAAUAUAAUUUUCCUUUUACAUACCUCGUCUACUUUAUCAAUUUCAUACAAUUUGAUUGACAUUAAAAUCAAAUCAUUGCAUAUACGUUGCGAAGAGCAAAUUAACUAGAAUAUAUAGAUCGAAUUCAUGUAUACUCACACAUAUGCACGCUCAUAAAAAUAUAUAUUACAAAUAAUAUUACUACGGAAAGAAACAAUUUGGAGUUUUUAAUGGUAAUGCAGGCCAGCUCCUAGACCGCUUCCUC